AAGUAUUUCCUUGUGGUCUCACAUCGGAAAAAUGGCGGCGGUACGAGUUGGCGGCUCGCUGCAGUGCAGCCAGCUGCGGGAGGCGCCGCGGGAGUCGCCCCCUGAGCCCCGCAGUGGGUUCCACCGCUUGUCGGCCAGGCUCCGCGCCCUGCGCCUGGAGGACAGCAGCUCCGCCCGCACUGAGAUCCACCUCCUCUUCGACCAGCUCAUCUCCGAGAACUACCGCGAGGGCGGCGGCGUGGCCGCGGAGGAUGUCAGUGCUCUUCUUGUCCAAGCUUGCCGACUGGUGCCUCCUAAUCAGAAUCAUCUUGUCAGCAAAGUGUCUAAGCUGAUCCACCAUUUACUUAACAGAUUACAGGUGAUUGUUGAUGAACAGAACCUGGAUUUCUUGUUGGCGUAUACCAUUUUAGCUAUUCGGCAGUGUAGCUCCUGGACACACAUGGAAAUUCUCCAAGCCCUGGCAGCUCUGGUUUACUACAAUGGCUCAAAAUGUCAAAAGUAUCUCCCAGACUUGUUAGGCAAGACUGGCCUCUUGAUGAAGAUGAGUGACUUGGCUCAGUCUGACCCUGAAGUCAGGAGAGCUGCAGUGCAUUGUAUGGCAAACUUAUGUCUCAGUGUGCCAGGACAGCCCUACUUGGAGGAGCCCUAUCAAAAUAUUUGCUUCAACGCUUUCUUGACCAUUUUACAGUCUUCAAAAUCAUCUGAUACGGAUGAUAUAAUAUUUUGUAUGUUGUUACAGAAUGCAUUAAAGGGCAUACAAUCACUUCUCAAUGGUGGGAAGAUGAAACUGACACAGACUGAUGAACUUGGAGCUCUUCUAGCUGUUCUAAAGCUCCAGCAGCCCUGUUCUUCUGGACUCAGCAAUAGCAAUUCUGCGACUCCUCACCUCAGCACUCCUGACUGGUGGAAGAAAGCCCCAGUGGGACCCUUUCCGGAAGAAGCAGCAGGGAGCUCCCCUAAGGGGUACUCAGAGCCCUGCUGGCUCAUCCGACUCUGCAUUUCCACUCUCGUGCUGCCCAAGGAGGAAUCCUGCUCUGGUAGUGACACUGGCCCUGUGGCAGGAAGCACUUACGAACCAUCCCCUAUGCGACUGGAGGCCUUACAGGUAUUGGCUCACCUGGCCCGGGGCUACUUUUCAGUGGCUCAGGUCUACUUGAUGGAGCUUGGUGAGGUGAUUUGCAAGUGCGUGAGUGAAGCAGAUCCAUCCAUUCAGCUUCAUGGAGCAAAGCUUCUGGAAGAACUAGGUACAGGCUUGAUACAGCAGCAUAAACCAGAUUCUGCAGUAGCACCUGAGCAGAGAGUGCCAGUCUUCAUGGUGGUGAUGUUCUGGACUAUGAUGCUGAAUGGUCCUCUGCCCCGAGCCCUGCAGAGUUCAGAGCACCCAACGCUGCAGGCGAGCGCCUGUGAUGCCCUGUCUGCCAUCUUGCCGGAAGCCUUCAGCAGUCUUCCGAAUGACAGGCAGAUUUUGUGCAUCACCAUGCUGCUUGGGCUGAACGACAGCAAGAACCGUUUAGUGAAAGCUGCAACCACACGGGCCCUUGGAGUCUAUGUGCUUUUUCCUUGUCUCAGACAGGAUGUCAUAUUUGUUGCAGACACAGCAAAUGCAAUAUUGAUGUCACUUCAAGACAAGUCUCUGAAUGUCCGUGCCAAAGCAGCCUGGUCCCUGGGCAACCUGACAGACACUCUGAUCACCAACAUGGAAACACCAGACCCAAGUUUCCAGGAAGAGUUCUCUGGUCUCCUGCUCUUGAAAAUGUUUCGAUCAGCAAUAGAAGCCUCCAAGGACAAAGACAAGGUAAAAAGCAAUGCAGUCCGGGCCCUUGGAAAUUUGCUUCAUUUUCUGCAGCCAUCUCAUAUAGAAAAACCUAGAUUUGCUGAAAUUAUUGAAGAGUCUAUCCAGGCCCUAAUUUCUACUGUUCUAAUUGAGGCUGCCAUGAAAGUUCGAUGGAAUGCUUGUUACGCGAUGGGAAAUGUAUUUAAAAAUCCUGCCCUUCCACACGGCAUAGCACCAUGGACCUCCCAGGCCUACAACGCCCUAACACUGGUUGUGACAUCAUGCAAAAACUUCAAAGUGCGCAUCAGAUCGGCCACAGCCCUUUCCAUCCCAGGCAAGAGAGAGCAGUAUGGGUCUGUAGAACAGUAUGCUCAGAUCUGGAACUCGCUGGUCAUGGCCUUACAGAAGAGUGAAGACACCACAGACUUUCUGGAAUUCAAGUACUGUGCCAGCCUCCGGACCCAGAUCUGCCAGGCAUUGAUUCAUCUUUUGAGCUUGGCCAGUGCCUCAGAUUUUCCCUUCAUCAAAGAAACCCUUAAAAUGAAUGGGGAUAUGAUCCAGUCCUAUAUCCUACAGUUCUUAAAAUCAGGAGCAGAGAGAGAAGACUCUGGAGCCACCCGCAGCCCGCAGGAAAGAGACCAAAUGGUUAAAGUGGCCCUGGAGCACGUAAGCAGUGUUCAGGCACUGGCUGGGGACACAGCCAAAAGGGCUGUUGUAGGCUUUUUAGAAGACACCCUGACCAUUUAUUUUGAUUCUUCUGGAUCACAAGCCUUACACCUAGGAUCAUCAAACCAGUGACUAUUCUGUAUACUUUCUAGAUGUCAAAUCCAGUAGUAGGACGACCCAAGCACGAGUAUAGGAUAUGUGGGGUUUAAUCUUAGAAACUGAAGCAGUCUGUCCACCAUUCAUUUAGAAUGGGUCAGCAGCUAUUUAAACUUUGCUCAGCCCCUUGGGAGAAUGGUUCCCCUACCAUGGCCAUAGUCAGAGAUGGUAGAACCUCUGACCUGGACAACCGGGAGCCCAGGAAUCAGGGUGCAGUGUGGGAUCCCCAGACUGGGAGGUUCUGCAGGAUGUUUAGUGUCAGAAAAUAAAUGAAUAGGGCCGGGGAAGUAGUUCGGUGGUGCUGCACCUGCCUGACAAGCACAAGGUCCUGAGUUUGAUCCCAGGUUCCGCCAAAAAAAAGAAAAUAAAUGAAUAAAAAAUAGAAGAAUAUAAGAAUUA